CAGAAGAAAACGGCACGUCAACCUUCCCAUGCUAAUCCCAUGGGUCUUGACCCUGUGACUGUUUGUCCCAGCUUUGAAUGACAGCCUAGUCUCAUAUGGUUGGAUAUUUUUAGAUUUUGUAUUCAGCAGGGCAAUCCCUUUAAAAACUGGCUUUGAGAAGGGGCUCUUGGGCUGCCCGGGACCACUGGUUUAUUUGGAAAUGCUUCAAAUCACAGAACAAGGGGAAGAAGUUAGUAAGUAGUUCGUAAAUUUAUUUAAAAAAAUCUUUGGUCAAAAUGUGAAAAUGUACCAUUCACAUCCCACAACCCUCCGCAGAAUGACUUCUAGAGGCGUUGAGAGGUUUAGUGAAGUGAUGUGAUGACGGGCUGGGUGCUGGAUAAACGCACUGAAUAGGAAAACAGCUGACUUCAAGUGCCUUUGAGAAGAAAAACUGUGAUUUAACUUGGCGAAAAUAGUUUACUUCAGCAUAACUGGCUAACGUUAGUUGAUACAAGCAACCGUUCUGUUUGGGCUUUUGUCUAGAUUGCCAGUAAAAUAGCAACAAGUGUGAAGCUAGCUAGCUACCAAGCUAACUAAUCAAAGUCCGUAGCCAGCAUCAACUAGCUACCUAAAAUGUACACGCUGCAGAUUGGAAGGGACGCUGGUAGUUUUGGGGAACUUUGUACGAGUUUCUGACAUUGCAUUGAUGUCUCCUUUGUUUGAGUUAUGCUUUCAAGAAAGAAAAGCAAAAACGAAGCGUCGAAACCAGCCGAGGUACACGGGAAAUACGUGAAGAAGGAGACAUCACCACUACUGAGAAAUCUCAUGCCCUCAUUCAUCCGACAUGGACCCACUAUCCCCAGACGCACCGAGGUCCCUCCGCCAGAGCCUGGCCCAGUGCACUCAUCCUACCCAGUGGGACCCAGCCCUGAGCCUGUGUUGGCCCGCAACAAGAGCUUCCUACGCAACCCUGUGCAGAGGCCACCCCACGAGGCGGCUCGGCGGGAACGCCAUCGGAUGUCAGCCCCUCCGUACCUACCCCGCAGCCUGGGGGACCUACCCCACGAGUACGGAGGCUCCUCGCAGUCCUUCCUCACAGACGUGAGCCCCAUGGGUGAGAACGGGGACGCUGGCCACUACUAUUACCCCCAGCCUUGGGAGCCUUAUUACGACAGCCAGCAGCAGCAGAGACGGCCUCAGCAGCCCAGAGCCCCUGACCGCCUCCAUGACGACUAUAGAUACUAUGAACACAACGAACAUCCAAACUUCCAAAGACUACCACCGCAGCAACACACUCCCCCGGCCCCCAACAGACAACCAGCAGGUAUCGGUCGGAUGCAGGCCAAGUCUCUGGGGAACCUGUCCAGUCCGAGCGGUGAGGACAUCCCUUUGCCCCGUGGUUGGACGGUAGACUGGACCAUCCGAGGCAGGAAGUACUACAUCGACCACAACACCAACACCACCCACUGGUCCCACCCCCUGGAGAGAGAGGGUCUGCCCCCUGGCUGGGAGAAGGUGGAGUCGGCUGAGUUUGGGACUUACUACGUGGACCACAUCAACAAGAGGGCGCAGUAUAGACACCCCUGGGCUCCUAGCGUGCCCCGUUAUGACCAGCCCCCUCCCCUGCCCCCGCCGGUUGUAUACCAGCCUCGCCCAGCAGAGAGGAACCAUCCAGUGCUGGUGCCAGCCAACCCAUACCACACUGCAGAGAUCCCAGACUGGCUACAGGUGUAUGCCCGCGCCCCGCUCAGGUAUGACCACAUCCUGAAAUGGGAUCUGUUCCAGCUGGUGGAUCUGGACACGUACCAGGGCAUGCUGAAGCUGCUCUUCAUGAAGGAGCUGGAGCGCAUCGUCAAGUCCUACGAGGCCUACCGCCAGGCCCUGCUCUCUGAGGUGGACCACAGGAAACCGAGGCAGCAGUGGUCCGCCUCAGGCCCAGCAGCAGCCGGGCUAGUACUUCACAGGGAACAUGUGAACUGAUUUUAAUACGACCCUGAACUGACUGGACUGGACUGGACAGCGGAAUGGCGCCAGUGGCUAGCUGGACCCCGGUACUUCAAGGAUUCUCAUUCUACACUGUUCAUAUGAAGUUCAGUCUGAACCAUUGUCC